AUGGUCAACCUUAAGAACAUCUUUCUCACAGCAACCAUUUUCUUUGGAUGCGGUUUUGCUAUCCCUGCACCUGCUGCUCCUCAAGCUGAGGCCGGUGCAAUUAUCCCUGGUAGCUACAUCAUCACUCUGAAGCCCGAUAUCGAUGCCAUCAAGGUCAAGAGCCACAUCCGUUGGGUCAAAGAUGUCCACAAACGGAGCCUAACCAAGCGUGAGACUGAAGUGGGCGUGGAGAAGAUCUACGACAGCAAGACAGGCUUUCAAGGGUAUGCUGGAACCUUUGACACUACCACCAUCAAGGAAAUCAAGAAGAGUUCAGACGUUGUAGCCGUUGAACCCAACCGCGUAUGGAAGAUCAAGCGCGUCCAGUCCAAGCGCAAUAUCGAGAAGAGAGACGAAAUCACACAGAAAAAGGCCACAUGGGGUCUCGGUACGAUUUCGCACCGAAAGAAAGGUUCGAAAGAAUACAUCUACGAUGACUAUGCCGGCACCGACAUGUACGCUUACGUGAUUGACACUGGUGUCAGGAUUUCACACAAAGAGUUUGGUGGACGUGCCAAGGCUGCAUGGACAAACUGGAAGGGCGAUAAUUCAGAUACCGAUGGUCACGGAACCCACGUCGCUGGAACGAUUGGUGGCAAGACCUACGGUGUCGUAAAGGAGGCCACCAUCUUGGCUCUUAAGGUCUUCCAGGGCGACGAGUCUGAUACAUCUAUUGUUCUUGAUGCCUUCAACUGGGCUGUCAAUGACAUUAUCAAGAAGGAUCGCACCUGGCGGGCUGUCAUCAAUAUGUCUCUUGGAGGAGAGAAAUCCACUGCCUUCAACAAGGCCGUUGAUGCUGCUUCCAAGAAGGGCGUGGUCAGUGUGGUCGCAUCCGGUAACGAUGGCAUCGACUCAGCCAAGGAAUCACCUGGCUCUGCCUCUAGUGCCAUCACUGUUGGCGCUGUUGACUCGAGCUGGGCUGUUGCCGACUUCUCCAACUGGGGCAAGACCGUCGACAUCUUGGCUCCGGGUGUCGACAUCAUUUCGACCGGUCACAAGAGCAACACGGCCACUGCAAGUCUUGAUGGAACUUCUAUGGCCUGCCCCCAUGUCGCUGGUCUGGUACUGUAUGCGAUGAGCGUGGAGGAAGUUGAGGGUGUAGCCGAUAUCACUGCAUGGUUGAAGGAGUUGGCUACUCCCAAGAAGAUCACAGGAAAUCUGCGUGGUGCUCCUAAUCUGAUUGCCAACAAUGGAAACUAUGUGCAGUGA